AUGACGACUAAUUCUGAAACCAAAUUGAGCAUGAAGCUUUUGAUUGACACUAAGGCUCGAAAAGUUGUAUUUGCGGAGGCUGAAAAGAAAUGUGUUGAUUUCCUCUUUCACAUCCUCUCAUUGCCAGUGGGCAGUGUUGUGAGGCUUCUUAAGGAGAAAGGGAUGAACGGAUGUUUGUCAAAUCUCUACAACAGCAUAGAAAAUCUGAAUGAAACCUAUCUUCUGUCGAACGUGCAAGCGAAGGAUAUCCUUCUAAAACCGAGAUCUUCAGUUGGCAUCUCUUCAGUUCCUUAUCGAUUGCUUAAUGACGGUACUGUAGAAAAGAUUUUUUAUAAAUGUAGUAGUAGUAGUAGUACCAAAUGCAGCUACUCCAGCCAUUAUGUUACCGAUGGCCCUAGCGCUGUCUGUCCGAAUUGUCGAAACAGUAUGUCAGCGAAGUUCCAGUAUGUUGCUCCACCCAUAGUGGAGGAAGCUGUGGCAGCAAUUGGUGUUACUAUUACCGGUUUUGACAAGCUUAAUGUCAAGGAUGCAGCUGUACUGCAGGAGAAAGUAGUAAAUAUAGGAGUGGAAGAGGCGCUGAAGUUUCUGAAGGCAUCUUUUGAAUCCAAAACAGUUCUCACAAGUGUUUUCCUAAGCCAUGUGAAAGCGGAGAAAUAG